AUGCCUAAAAAUCUUACGACAAUUUUGAGCGCGGUCGUCACUGCCACCAGCGAGGCCACUCGCUUGUUUCCAGGUGCCAUUGCGUGGCAUGCCACUGAAUCCGACCUCGCUUUGAAACUCGUCGGGGAAAACGUUGUCAGCGAGCCGCUCCAUACCCUUGGGUUUGCAUUAGAGUACGAUUUGCUCAACCGUGGUUCCACCUACCUCCUUACUGGGCCAUUUGGUCAAGAUCCAGACACCGGACGAGCUUUGAUGAAGCACAGUCCACUGACCGAGAGUAAGCUCAGCAACCACACCCCUGAUCCCAAAGAACUAGCUGGGAAAGCCUCAAUCAGUGGCGUGGGCAAGGUGCUUGAAGCUGUGAUGGAUAACAUCACCAAUGCAGGAGGUGAAUGGAAUCUCACAGUCCAGGCUGAACAUGAGUACUACGACCCCGAAACCCAAAGGAAACUUGAUUUUGUGAUCACUUACCGCUUUGGUCAUUUUACUCCCGAUUUACCAGAGCUUGAUGAAAUUCAAGUAGGUUCCCUCAUGUGGUUGCAAGGAAACAUUGUGAACAAAGACAAACACUCAAAGCGUUUCAUUGUUCAAGUGCUACAUCAUUACGUGAUACGAACAGAUGAACAGAAGUGA